CUGUAAAAGCAAUCAUUUCUCCUUCUCUCUGGCUGCAUUCCUGCAGCCACUGAAAAAUACUGUGAGAGCUGUGAUUGAUCAGUUUUGUCACAUGGUACAAGGCUGUUGUGAAUAGCCUUGUAGCAUAUUUCACACAUAGUAAGCAAUGAUGUCAGAAAUUACAUCUUGCUUACUACUAUUCAUGUGAUCACUGAUUGGCCAAUCAGUGAUCACAUGAUUGGGACCUCACACAGAAGUCCCGUACAGCUAUUGGUGCUCCCAGGGAGUGCGCACAAGCAGGGAAGCGGGGAGGACGUUUAUAAACGGCCACCCACCCCUGCAUUGCUCCCGUCCGGCCGUUUAUAUACAUGGGCCGGACAGGAAGUGGUU